AUGGACUUGACAAGUCUCACUACGAUGUGGUGGGCCAUAGCUCUUCUUUCCAUUACUGUAUUGGCCACCAAGAUCACAAGAGCAAGAAUCAAAAACAUUGAUCCACAGCGUACAACAGGCCAACUUCCACCCAUGGUGAAUGGACUUGCUCUCCUAGGAUUAUUACCUACCCUUCUGAAGAAGGGUCUACCACCUAUGUUCAAUUAUCUAUAUGUUAACUAUGGCAGUGUCUUCACUGUAAGUUGCUUUGGAGUGAUCAAGGUAACACUCUUGAUCGGGCCAGAGGCGACGACUCAUUUCUUCCAAGGUUUGGAGUCAGAGAUUAGCCAUGGUAAUCUGCUUGAGUUCACAGUACCCAUGUUUGGCAAGGCAGUUGGUUAUGGUAGAGAUACCGCCACCCGAAUGGAACAAAUGCGCUUCCACAGUGAAGCACUGAGGGCAUCCAGGUUAAGGAGCCAUGUUUCUCCAAUGCUUCAAGAAGUGGAGGAUUUCUUUGCAAAGUGGGGAGAGGAAGGCGUAGUUGAUCUAAAGCUUGAGUUCGAGCAGCUACUUAUGUUGAUAUCAGGCCGAUGUUUGCUUGGAAAAGAGGUCCGGGAGAAUAUGUUUGAUGAAGUCUACACACUUUUUCGCGAGAUCGAAAAGGGUGUGACCUUGAUCAGCUUCUUGUUCCCAUAUCUCCCAACUCCAGCAAACCGGCAGCGUGAUAGGGCACGUAUAAGGCUAACAGAGAUCCUCUCUAAUGUUGUCGAGUCCCGUAAGAGCUCCGGGCGAGUGGAGGAGGACACGCUGCAGAAACUGAUUGACUCCAAGUACAAAGAUGGUCGCCCUACAACAGUAGAAGAGGUAGCCGGGUUGAUCAUUGGCUUGCUGUUUGCUGGAAAACACACCAGCUCUCAUACUAGUACUUGGACUGGAGCUUGUCUUCUCAGCCAUCCAGCCUUCUUAAGAGCUGCCAUUGAGGAGCAACAUCAAGUCGCCAAGAAAUACAAGGACGGACCAGAAUACAAUGCCUUCUUAGAGAUGGAUACGCUGCAUAAUUGCAUCAAGGAGGCGCUGCGGAAGAACCCUGCAACACCACUGCUGGUUCGCAGGGUCCAUAAGCGCUUCACGGUGCAGACGAAAGAAGGCCAACAAUAUGACAUCCCGCAGGACUACAUCGUAGCAACUCCUACUAUAGUAAACAAUUAUAUCCCUUACAUUUAUACGGACCCUCAGGUGUAUGAUCCAAAUCGGUUUGGCCCAGAAAGAAGAGAGGACAAAGUGGGUGGCAAGUUCUCUUACACAUCAUUUGGUGGUGGAAGGCACGUUUGCACUGGAGAGGCUUAUGCUUACAUGCAACUCAAAGUGAUAUGGAGCCAUUUGCUGAGGAACUUUGAUCUCGAAUUGGUCUCUCCCUUCCCUAACACAGACUGGAGCAAGUUCUUGCCAGAUCCAAAGGGAAAAUUACUCGUGAGAUAUACGAGAAAUGGAAUUUAA